AUGAACAAUGUAAUUGGUGAUGAUAUGUGGUGUUGCAGCUUUUUUUUCGGUGAGCAUUUUAACCUCAUCCAAGGUUCACAGCGAGGCUCCACCAGUGCUAUCCAAUACUGGACAGAUGAGAAGAUCAAAGAAUUGGCAAAUACUGAGAGGAAGAGCGUUAGGGGGCUGUUGUAUGGUGAGAAAGGGAGUGAUGUUGUGUCUGGCAAAGACGAGAGGAUAAAUGUUGAUUCUCUGGACCCGGAGCUGAAGCAGUUACGUGCACGAUUAAUGAAGAGGAUAGAAGAAAGCCAUCAGAGGCUGAUGAAUAUGGUAGAUGAGGAGCUGUUGAAGGUGCACAUUCCAAGAGAGGCAGAUGGGAAGAGAAAAGGAAAGGCUCCUGCUGAGACACUCGCAUCAAUUGUUAGUGGGUCUGAAGAUGACGAUGAAGAGGAGAGACAGCAUGCUGGUGAGACUAGUGAAGCUGUGCAGAAGAAUGAUGGAGGGAGUGAUGGUGAGAGUAGUGAGGAGAAGGAGAAAGAUGACGAAGGGAGUGAUGAUGAGACGAGAGGAGGAGGAGGAGGACAAGGAGAAAGGUGA